UUAGGUCUGCGGCGGAAGCGUGGCGGGACACUUAAAGAAUAGAUUGUUAGGAGGCUCGCCGCCGAUUCGGCGAUCGAAGUGAUAGGCCAGUGCUCUUAAUAAUGACUUGGGACAGACAUCCUUUACGUCCAAAAGACUCCGGUCUCCGCUAUUCCUGCCUGCGGCGCUUGCCGGGUGGGACUCACGCGUUCCUGCAGAACUCCGCCCCCGUCUUUCAUUGGCCCCCCCCUUGACACGUGAGGGUAGGGGUUCGGACGCAGUCGGCCUCGAUUGGGGAAGAGCUCCGUGGACUUGGGCACGUGGGUCGCAUGGACACCCUGGCGCUGGGCCGGUGGCGUCGGCGGAGGCUGGACGAGCUGCAGGUUCCGGGGGACGCGAAGCGGGCCUGCCGGAGUUUGGACGUGGCUGCACAGUAUGGGGGCUGCCCGCAGGUGCCGGCCAGCACCCGGGGGCCCUGCGGGGGCGGCGAAGAGCUGGAGGCGCUGCCCCGGAGCCGGCGGCCACCGACUGCAGGGAUCCCUGCGAGCGGUGGAAGGAGCUCAGCCCGGCCCUGCCCGAGGUGCCUUGCAGGGGAGUCUGGACAUUUCAGCCACAUUGAGAACAACUAGGCGGGCGAGUCGGCGGAGGGACACUCCAGCUGUGGUUGUGAGUCUCCAUGUGGUGGCGAGUGUGAACCUCUUACGGACGGAUGGGGACGCCCACCUGCCCCCCGAGCCGGGUAACCCUCCGUCCUCCGCGGUCGAGCCCGGCACCCCGGCACUUCCAGAGCCUGCACACUGCCGGCACGUCCGAAGCCUUCUUCCUGUGGAUCUGUGCUGACGGCCAGUGCUGUCUUCCAGAAACGUCAGCCCCAGAGUCCCUGAGGUCGGAGAGCCCGUGGCUUGGGGAGGGAGCCCAGCCCGACGCAGCCUCGCCUUACCUGUCCCAGGGGCACUGGGCGCCCCAGGGCUGUCCGUGCACUCUUUUCUAGUGGAAACCCUUAUUUUUGUACUUCUGUGCCCUGUAAUCCGGAACUGAUUUUAGUAAAUGCUUGUAUC